GUGGCUGUGCUAACUAGUGGUGACCAAGGGGGAGUGGAUGCGUAUCUACGGUGGUUGUUCAUUCUGCUGUUUAUUCAUUUUCUGAGGACCCAUAUUCCUUUGCCUAUCCUUGAUUUGGAUACAACCGACAAUAGGACACUACCUGGUUGCAGCGUGUGCAUUUAGCCUCAAUUGCAAGAAAGGGUCGUUUUGUGGCUGGGCCAUAGAGAUGACCAGGCUGUGACGGUUGGGUUCUCUCUGUGUCUGUGGACCAACCCUGGCAUGGCUACUGCUAGGAAGAGCUCCUCAGCGAAGGCGGGAGGUGUUGGUUUCUCAGAAGAGCCAGCCACCGCUGCCGCCGGCACUCCGUCCCAUGUCCACUUUGAUGAGAAGCUCCACGACUCUGUCGUCAUGGUGAUCCCUCAGCCUGACGGGAACUUUAUGGUCAAGGUUGGUUUCCUGAAGACCCAGCACAAGUAUGAGAUUGUCUUCACCCUCCCGGAGGUUCCAUCACUGGGGAAGGACGCGUCUCCAGCUCCAGUACCCAACCCCCAUAUCCGCAUCACCGAUAUCACUCCUGUACCAGAGGGUGGUCUGAGAGUGACAUGUGAGUACAUGGCCCACCAAGAGGGAGUGCUGUGUGAGGAGGUGAUGCUGGUCAGUGAGAGCCAGGAGGACGUCUGCGUGGGGGUCAAGGUGCACGCCCGUGUCAUGGACCGUCACCAUGGUACACCCAUGUUGUUGGAAGGAGUGCGUUGUGUGGGAGUGGAGCUGGAGUAUGACUCUGAACAGAGUGACUGGCAAGGAUUUGACUAAACCAGACCAUGUGACACACACACACACACACAAAUGACCAUGCCACAUGUAUUCAAAUUCAACAUCCACUGUACUUCAAACGAUCCCUAACCAUUUCAAGAUGUUAUGGUCCUAAAGGAGGAUUCAAUUAUGAAAUGGAUAGAAGUUAUUUUAAGUAGUAGUCUGGGUUUUUAAUUUUACAUUCAGGCCGUACUUGGUCGCUAAAAGCUGAAUUGCAGCACACAACGCAUACAAGUAAACAAAUAAAAUCUUACCUUGCUUUAAAAGUAAAACAAACAAGCAUGAAAACUUUUUAUUUUUUAAAGCAAGUCCAAUGUGAUCCGAUCACUAUUGAGCUUCCCUCAACUGUACUGAACAAAAAUAUAUACAUAACAUUUAACAAUUUCAGUUAUAGUUCAUAUAAGGAAAUCAAUCAAUGUAAA